AUGUCCGAUCUUAACAUCAAGAAGAUCAUUGACCGUCGUGUUCACAAUCGUUUGGUACAGGAAUAUGACUCGGAAGUUCUCGUCCCCAUCUUGAUGAUCGUAGGAUCGACCAUACUAUGUGGUCAAGACAUAUAUAACUGGACCUUUGCACCUGACAGUGUAAACGAUUGGUGGAUUGUAGGUUUGGGAUGGUUAUUCACAUUCGCCACGGGUGUGGUAAGCCUCAGAAGAGUUUUCAUAGUCCAAAAAGAAGUCGAAAAAGAAGUUCAGCAAGAACUCGAAGGGCUUCCUACAUUCGCCAUCGAAAAAACACCAUUGCUGCCACCAAACACCUUUCUUGGAGAAGAACUUGAGGAGAAGCUUCCAGCAAAGUGGUUCCAAAAUCCGUACAAGAACGUAGCCAAUGGUUGGUUUCAUCAUCCUAGUCAUAACCAGCUUUGCAAUUCCGGACAAGAGAUACAGCACUCAUUGAUCCACCUGACGAAGAUGGCUGGAAAACUGUGUUGUGUAAAUGUGUGA